GGGUCACUUCGCAGGGCCCUAUGGUAGGCCAGCAACGCAAGUGGAGAUGGACAUGACAGGCUCAAGUUCGCAAAAUGGCAAUGGACCAAGUGCAAACAAUCGCAAACUGGGCUUGUAUAAGACUGAGCUAUGCAGGUCCUGGGAGGAAAAAGGAUCUUGCCGAUAUGGGUCUAAAUGUCAAUUUGCGCAUGGGGAAGAAGAAAUCCGCAAAGUCGCUCGUCACCCAAAGUACAAGACUGAAAUCUGCAGGACUUUUUGGGUAUCAGGAGCAUGUCCUUACGGGAAAAGAUGCUGCUUCAUUCAUACAGAGCUUCCUGUACCGGGCAUUAUACAGGGCUCUGAUGGUGUUCCUCCUCCGCAAGUGUCAAAUGGGCGCCCAAGAUCCUUGAGUACCAAUAGUGAUCCGAACGAGACGUCUGUCUCUCUUCUUACUCGUAUCCAGCGUAAAAGCGAGGCGACAGCUCAUACCAGUGUUGCUCUACCAGUAGAGGCCGCACAGUCUCCGAGCCGCUUAUUCAACUCACGGCCACCUACAGGUUCGCUGCGCGUGGAUACUUCCGCUUUGAACAGUGUGGCAAAACAAAAUAAAUCCGCAUACCCUACGUUCACAAGUAACGGGUUGUUACUUCGUGCUUCUGAACAGACCUCAAUCAAAUCUCCCGUCCCUCUCACGGCAGGUCCUGAUUUGGGCAGGUCUAACAAUACACGGCUUGAUAUCAUGGGAUUUAACCAGCGGCUCAGGAGUGUUGCUCAAAACCCUGAUAUAUUCCCUUCGUUCGACGGGCCCGAAGUGAAGGGUGAUCUUACAGCACCGUCCUCACCUACGGGCUCAAAUCAGCGCUCAUCUUAUAGAAUAUCUUCUACCGAUUACCGCUCCAACAUGUAUAACGCUCCGCACUCUCAACACGUAAGAUCCGGGAGUGCCGGAAAUUGGGUCAGUUUCAACCAGAGUAGGCAUGUUGCUACACCUUCAUACCCCCUUCCAUCUGAUGGUAGCGGAGAAACCACCUCCAAUGUUCCUUGGUCUACUUCAGAGUUGGCUGUUGGCUCCUCUCGACUUGAUGAUAAAUCGUGGGUUUGAAUUGGGGUGCGGACUGGAAAAUACGUCCCCAUUUGAAUAUCACAAGUCCGGGAGUCCGGACAGUUUCUAUAUAAUCUAUUGUCGCAUAUGUUUACGUCGGAAGAAAGUGGUUCUAUAUACCUUUAAGCGCAAAUACCUUUGUUAUGCUCGAGUACCUCACACUACAUUUGAUUACAUCAUCGCUUAUUAUAUUCCGCCUGUGACUUAGUCUUGUC